CGGCUGCCGGCGGCGGCGGACAGGGAGCUCUCUGCGGGCGCAGUGCUGAUCCGCCGGCGGGCGGCCGGGAAUGCGAAGCAAUGGCCGCGGGCGGCUCGGGCACCAGCAGCGGCGGCGGCGGCAGCGCGGAGGAGAAGACCUACCGCCGCUUCCUCGAGCUGUUCUUGGGCGAGUUCCGCGGGCCCUUCGGGGCAGAGCCAGAACCAGAGCCGGCGCCCGCUCCGGCUCCUACUCCUGCUGCCGACGCCGCGGCCGCCGCUGACGAGGACCCCGGAGCCGAAGGAGAAGCGGGAACGGCUGCUGAGGCGGAGGAGGGCGAGAGCGACCCCGGCGACCCUCAGCCGCCUGCCCCACCGCCGCCUCCCCCGCCGCUGCCCCCGCUGCCCCGGCCGCUGUCGGAGCACAUCACGGAGGAGGAGGUGGAGGGCGAGUGCCUGGACCUGUGUCUGCAGCAGCUCUACAAGUAUAAUUGCCCUUCAUUUUUGGCUGCUGCUUUAGCUAGAGCAACUUCAGAUGAAGUCCUUCAGAGCGAUCUUUCAGCACACUACUUACCAAAGCAUGUGGACAACGCAGAUGGAAUCAUACAGAUUGAGACAGUGAAACUAGCCCGCUUAGUUUUCAGCAAACUGCAUGAGAUCUGCAGCAACUGGGUGAAAGACUUUCCACUCCAGCCAAAGCCCCACCGCUACUACGAGACGUCCAUCCACGCCAUCAAGAACAUGCGCAGGAAGAUGGAAGACAAGCACGUCUGCAUCCCAGACUUCAACAUGCUCUUCAACCUUGAGGACCAAGAAGAACAAGCCUAUUUUGCAGUGUUUGAUGGUCACGGGGGAGUGGAUGCUGCCAUCUAUGCCUCCAUCCAUCUCCACGUGAACAUGGUCCACCAGGAGAUGUUCCAGCAGGACCCGGCGGAGGCACUGUGCCGAGCCUUCCGGGUGACCGACGAGCGCUUUGUCCAGAAGGCAGCCAGAGAGAGCCUGCGUUGUGGAACCACCGGGGUGGUGACUUUCAUCCGAGGAAAUAUGCUGCAUGUGGCUUGGCUUGGGGACUCCCAGGUUAUGCUUGUGAGGAGAGGGCAAGCUGUGGAGCUGAUGAAACCCCACAAACCAGAUCGAGAGGAUGAGAAGAAGCGCAUUGAGGCACUUGGUGGCUGUGUGGUCUGGUUUGGAGCCUGGAGGGUGAAUGGGAGCCUGUCAGUCUCCAGAGCUAUUGGAGAUGCUGAGCACAAGCCAUACAUCUGUGGGGAUGCAGACUCUGCCUCCACCAUACUAGAUGGCUCUGAAGACUACCUCAUUUUAGCCUGCGAUGGCUUCUAUGACACAGUCAAUCCCGAUGAGGCAGUCAAAGUGGUGGCUGACCAUCUGAAGGAGAAUAAUGGUGACAGCAGCAUGGUAGCACAUAAAUUAGUAGCAUCUGCUCGGGAUGCCGGUUCCAGCGACAACAUAACUGUCAUUGUGGUAUUUCUCAGGGACAUGAACGCAGCAGUUAAUGUUAGUGAGGAGUCAGACUGGACAGAGAACUCUUUUCAAGGUGGGCAAGAAGAUGGUGGGGAAGAUAAGGAAAACCAUGGAGACUGCAAACGACCGUGGCCCCAACACCAGUGCUCAGCACCUGCAGACCUAGGGUACGAAGGACGCGUGGAUUCCUUCACCGACAGAACUAGCUUAAGCAUAGGCUCCAGCAUUAACCUGUUUGAUGAUCAAGGCUAUUUAGACCUGACAAAACCAGAAACUAGUACAUCUCAGAGUGCCAAAUGUCUGCCACCAAGUCAAGUGUUGAGUCCUGUCAUACCAAAGAGUGUGAAUGUGAUCAACAGCGUAACAGUGAAGAGUGAACCUCCAGAGUACAUGUCGUCUAUCUGUGGACAGAGCGGUCCCAGGGAGUACAACACUCCUCUUCAUGUGGGUGCUGCUGGGCUGAGCACUUACAGGGUGAAGGGUUUAUCCCCCAUCUUCUUUGGGCUGGAAGAUGAACUGUUGAAAUCCUUGGGAAAACGAGCUGCAUUCUUUCGCUUCCGGCUCUGUAACGGGAAGAGGCGGCGAGGAGCCAGGCUCAAACCAAAGUUUCACACGCUGCUCCAGGCUCGGGAGCCUCCCCAUAUAGAAGGAUCCAGUCUGUCCUUACCUGUCCGUGCCCGCGGCAGCACAAGGUGUUUGGUAAGACACUCGCCGUGGUGGGGGCUGGCUAGUCAUAACGCUUCCAACGACAGCAUGGUUUUGAUGCGAAGACAAAGUAAUUGUAUACCAGAUUCAUACCUUCAUCAACGCUGUAAAAUGUAACCAUCUCCCUCGUGUUCCCCCAUCAGACUCCCAAAGUAGACAUUCCCUGAAAAAAACUGGCAUCAUCAGGCAGCGAAAAGGUGGGCAUUUCCGAACUGUACCCGUCCCCCGCAGAGCUCAAACCAUCUGUAAAUACAUCUAGGAAUUAACAAAUGUAGUUGUUUCAAUCAAUAACAGUUUGGUGGUGGUGCCACCCUGAGCAAUGCCACAGCCACCCGAGCACCCCCACACACGAGUAUUUAGCCACAUUCACCAGGGAAAGCCAAGCAGCUGGUUCGGGCGGAUAGACACGGUGAGGGCAGCGGCGGUGGCAACGCGGAGAGCCGAGCCCGCCCGAGGUACGUCUGCUGAGCAAUAUGUAAAGAGAGAUUCUGGUUCAGAACUGCCAAAUUUUUUUAGAGGGGGGGGGAAGUUUCCAUAGAAGUCAAGGUGUGUGGGUUGGGGGUUUUUGUGUGUGUGUGUGUGUGUUCUGCUUUCUGUUUGUUUAUUUCAGGCAAGCAUUAAGAUGAAUUAGAAAAUUACAUCCACUUUUGCAGGUAGAUGACUAAAAGCCAUACAGGGUUUUACCAGGUAACUUAGGAAUGGACAAACUAAGCUCCUGCUGCUCUGUUCUCAGACUCUGCUUGAGGUACAGACUCAUAAUUUACUUGUUUUUUUUUUCAUGUAACAUAAAAUGUGGAAUAUCAAAACUGGUUUUUGUAGUUUCUAAAAGUCCUUUCCUAUGGCUAGCAGUGCAGUGUAGGGAACUUCGUGUCUUUCUGGUGCUUUAGUGGCAUUUCUCUUGUUUGUCAGUUUAGGAAACUGUUCUCAGUUAGUUUUAAUUGAACAAUGAUUGUGCAUAAUGCUUUGAGCUGACCUCUUUCCACCGGAACUUCAUCUCAGGUCUUAAAAGAAACCAAUCAGUGGAGGUGUUCAGUACUACACUACUGUCACUCAGCUGCUCCAACCAGAGAACUGCUUGUGAGAGAGAAUGAGCAAGUUGAUAGCUAUUUGGUUCCAGUAAUGAUUUCUAGAUGGCAAAGGCAUAAUUUACUACCAAGCUGCAGCAACAGGGAUGGUAGGAGGCUGUGUCUGCAAGGAGCCUUCCUUCAGUGCUUCACAGCUGCCGGCACUGUCCAAAGGGGAGGGAAAGUCCAUGGAGGUGGAUGAGAGGAGGUGCUGAGCUUGGAAUACAGAAGACACAGCGCCCCUUGGGUUAAACCUAGAUUCAGGAAGGGGAGCGAGGAAUGGCAGUUGCUAUUAUCUUCAUAAGCAGAGCGUUAUUUAUCAAACUGAGAAACAACCAGGCCCCACCAGCUCUUCCCUGCCCUCGGGGCAGCGGUUAAUUGGGACGUAAGCGAGCAGACGAUUCCCGUCAGCUCCACUAAAUACACACCCUGUUACUAUUCUUGCUACAGCAAGACAUUGGGAAGAGUGUAAGUCAGUCUUCAUAGACAUUUAUUGUACAAUGCAUAUCAUUUUAGCAGUAACAAUUUAAUAACAGCAUUAGCACUUCACUAGAAUUUGCAGAGGAUCUUAAUAUUAAGUAAUCAGGAGAUUUCACCAGGAUGCGAUGGCAAGGAUUGAGUUCUGCCCAUUUCCACUUCUAUCUUUGAUGCACUAUUUUCAAAGCAAUCUGAAGAACAGCAAAAGGCUUUGCAAGUAGCCAGGAGUUGGAAUGUGGCUUUAGUUUCCUUUGAUCUUUUUCCAACUUUUGUUUCAUCUUACGGGAUCAGUGGCUCUUAUCUGUCAUCUUCUGAAGCCUUUGCUGUUGUCAGCGUUCUCUUUAGCUGCAGCAUAUGUUCCAAGUCAGAUUUACUGAGGAAAUGCGAGAAACCACAAAAAUGGUAAAAUAUGCAACUCUGGGGCAUCUCUGCAGUGCCUUUCUUUUAAAUUCUUCACAGUAAUAACGACACAUUGAAAGUCCAUCUUAGAGCGGACUGUCUGCUUCGGAGGGAAAGGUGGUGUAAGUGCAAUUCUGUGUAAAUCCGAAUAAAAACCGUUCUGGAUGAUAAAACUUCUUCCCAGUCUGCAGGAGCAGUUGAAGAGCACUGGACGGCACCCGUGCUGUUUUGGGAAGGAUUUAGCUUUUAGGUGUGGAUUUGUCAAUGGUAAUUCUGCCACUCAUACCAUUUAUCUUGCUAGGAGAAAAAAACCCUAAUCUGCCAUCCGUAGUUCCAGUGUGGUCAGGUACAAACAUUGUAUAGAUAGCGAGUGUUCAUUUCUUCACUAAAUGCAUAUUUAUAGCGUAGAUAGGAACCAUUUGUAAGGUAAGUCCUUUAAAGUUCUCUAAUAUUAAAAAUAGUGGUUAUUGGUCUGAUAUAUGCUGCUCUUGAUUCUACACACUAGACAAAAAAAGCAGUGCUUUGUGAAAUGCAGUGUUUCUUCUUAAUGCCACUGGUGAUAGGAAGUAGUUCUCUUCAGUUCAAAUCCUGUGCCCUUACUUGCUGCUUGCUACCGUAAGCAAUAAUCCCUCUCUAGUGGUAUCUAAGUGUUCUGUAUCUCGUACUUUGGUUGUCUAUCUGGUGACGAUGUAAAGAUAUUAGGCUAAUAUAAAAGUAUCUCAUUGUAUUUAUUAACUGUUGAUACUGAGAUUCAGUCUGUGACCUGUGUUUUGUAUUUUUAUCGUGUAUCUUAGUGGUGGUGAAAUUUGUAUCACGAAUCUUUCCAAUAAAGAGCUGAAGUAUCCCUUUUCUGCGUUAACACAGCCCGCAUCAGUUCCAGUUCCCGUGUUAACCGUGUUUGCAGAACUAGGAGGUAGGCAGUGGCUACAGUUUUGCUUUGGUUUUUCUUUGUUAAAUUGCAGAGGUUUUGAGGAAGGGGCUCCAGGCUCUCUGUCUGAGGCUGCUCAAAACUUGCUCGUAAGCUCUUCACUGUGAGUACGGGCGGGAUCCGCUCGAUCCCCGCUCGGGUAGGUUCCUGUGUUCACUUUCCCAUGUGCAGCUCUGAGGGCUGCCAGCGCAGCACAGCACCGGCCAGGGAGCUGGAAACCCAUUGCGAUUUGCACUAAAGGUGGGUGGAAGUGCAUGUAUAUAACUUUACCUACAAGUGCCAUCCGUGUGAGUUCAGACCAUGCAGUAGUUGCUUUGGGCUGCGUUGUGGCAUCGCAGAUGGUACCUGACACCACAGAUGUGUCCUCAGACCUGCGGGGUGGUUGCAAGGCCGUGUCCUGGGGGCACAGCACAGGAGGCCUCCCUAGUUCUGUGUUUAUACGUGGCUGCUGUAGUCCAGGUCCACGAUCUCCCCCCUAAACCCUCCCCAACCUGGCAAUGUUCUGUGGGGAAAAACGUACUGAGAAAGAUUGGUCUAAAUUAGGGGCUGGUUUAGCACAGCUCAUUCACUAGUUGCAUAAAGCCAUGGAAGGGGAUACUGCAGCUUUGGUCACGUCUGUAAUUUAGGAUAAUCUUUCUUUAAUUCAUUUCCUCUUUGCAACAGGAACAAAACUUUCAACCCUUGUAUCAUGUGCAAUAAGUAAUAACAAAGCAUUAACUCAACCUCUGACUUCAGUGUUCAGGCCCUUUCCCAGUCCUGGCUCACCGGGCGAUUGCACUGUACUUGCCAGCAUUAAAGCUAAAGAAAAAAAUGAAUCCCACCUUGUAGGGUCUUGUACAACUGUUGUGUGUCACAAUUGUGUCGUGUUUGGUUCCUUCUUCCCACUAGAAGACAUCUUGGAACAAGAACAGAGGCCACUGGCUGAGUUCACCCUGAGCACGCAUGUGGCCAGCUGAGCCCAUGCUCAGCAGUGGCAGUGGCUGUUGUGUGAUCUCCUUCCCAACACUCAUGGUCUUUACCAGGUGACUGAAUUAAAGCUUAACCCUUUACCAGUGCUGGGACUUUCCAUUUGCGACUUUGUUCUGCAGUUCACUGAUGAGUUUAGUUAUAACCAUGUAUUAGUCAUCCAUAUUUUAUUUAUGAAGGCUGUUUCUACAGGAAAAACUGUUUAAGUUUUACCAAUAUCUUAAUAAAACAGUAAUUUAAACCACA